GACCGCCACGCGCGAAGGAUCGCGUUGCGCUCCGUACCAACGCGUCACCACGAGUCAUUCCCGGUUGUCAACCAGCUGUUCGGUUUGACAGCCAAUCGCGUCUCGCGUUUCUUUGCUCUGUCGACGCAGUUGAUCGAUCUCGUUUCGUCGAUCGAUUCUUUCUCGCGAUUGUUGCCACGAUUGUCGUCGACGUCGAAGCUCGAUCGAUUCGCGUAGUGGGUGACUGGCGACCUCCCCUUCCGGGGCACGUGCUUGUCAAAGUCGAACUCCGUACGCUUCCCGAAAGUGCAGUGCCGUUUAAUUAUUCGUCAAAGAUCGAACGAUAGAGAGAUCGGUGAAUAGGAAAACAAACGGUCUGUUGGCAAACAGGAGGAGACUGCACGCGAUCAGGUCGUGCGUUCGAUUUGGCAAGUGUGUCGAGUUCCCAGCUACUUCGGGACUUCUGUUAACGAAGCAAACCCGUCUUUAAACUAAUUCAACGAGGCCACUCGUCCGCGCGGUCAAUUCGUGUUAGCCCGCGUGGACGAUACGCCGCGUUCCUCUCGCCUCCUCGCUCCAUAGAGUUGACUGACCGAGUGACUCACGAGAUCGCCAGAGUACUCGUCUCCGUCUCCUCUCGUCUCGACGAUCGAAGAUACGCGACGCGCGUACAAUGCGCUCCUUCUGUCGUCGCUCAACAACCGAAACAUUCAGAUAAGAGAAGGCCGAGUCUACGCAUCAGAAUCGCUAACCAGACGAACGCGAACGUUCCGCGAUUAACGAUCGACAAAAGCGUUUGCGGUAAUUAGAAGCAGAUUAAUUGGACCGCGAAGCAGCGCGCGCGCCGAACGCGAUGAAAGAGAAGAGGAACACAGCGGGACGGUCGAUCGAAUAAGCACGCCGCUCGUGCUUUACCUCGCUUCGUAGAUUCUUCCUCUUGCCACGAAUUCCGCCUCGUUCCAGAGUAAAUAUUUACGAGGCGAAUCGUCGAUGAACUUCGAAAGCAGAACGUCUUACCUGUACGUCUACUAUCCAGGAGUACUGGCGCGUUAAAGCGGAUUUUAUCUCGCUUCGCAAAUCCAACACGAACCAGGAAGAAUUUGAAAACGACUCAACUACACAUUUGGAUUUACCAGUCAGUUUGAAGCUCGAAAGAGAUUGAGAGAUUAUAAAAAUCAAAGGACGAAGAGGGUGGUAACCGCUCGAUCAGUUGCUCGAGAGAGGAAUAUCCGACGGUCAGCGUGUCGGGAAUCGGGUCGGAUGAUGCGCGGUCGCGCGACAACGCGAUUUUUGGCAAUCGUAGUGGUAGAAUGUUGACAGCCCGUUCUGGGCCUCUUGGGCUCGGUGUACCGCGAACCCUGGGGCCCGCGGAAGGGAGCGAUCACCUGUUCCUCUUGCCAGAGCGGGCACUGAUCAUGGACAGCACUCACCUGCGACAGGACCUGGCCGGUCUCGACUUCAACUUGCACUUGAAUCUGCUCCACACCGCGCCUCGCGGCAACGUCUGGCUAUCUGGAGCCGCUUCUGAGGAAACUAACCAAAGGUCCAGUUCUGCACACAAUCGCCACUCUCUCACGAAGGAGCAAACGAUGCAUUGGUUCGCCCAAAUCGGAGGUGACGACGCCUCCCCCGAUUCGUCAGAUGUGAAGCGCCGCCAAAGUAUCUACGACGAGGACUCCCUCGACGGCGAUCAUCCUACCGAGAAUGAAGGACGCGAGUCGGCGGGAAGCGCGAAAGACGUGGACAGGGCGAAGCUCGUCCGUGAGAGACAGAACGAGGAACGACAACGGAAAUUGGAGGAGUUGAGACAGCAAGCCUUAGCCGCGCAACGCUUCCGGGAGCAACGGGAAGAAGAACGCAGACGGCGCAUCGACGAGCUCAGAUCGCGUGACAACGACAGACGGAACCAAGUGGAAGAAAGGAAACGGUUGAUAUGCGAGGCCGAAAGAGAAAGACGGGAGGCUAUCCUGCGAAAGAACCAGGAGAGAGAGGCGCGUAUAGAGAAGAGGAAGAAGAACGACAGGUCGCACAUCGUGUUCGCGUUCGGAAGUUCUACCCCGAGGAUGUUGGAGCCAGCUGAUACAGGUGGUUCCACUUUUUGGGGAACGCGUAGAGCAACGUCCACCACUAACGUGAUGAUGUUCUCAGCUGCUCAGCCGUUAACCAGGAGGUCCUCCGAAAGAGAGCUCGAUGGAAGCAAGAAACGAGCCACUUCCGCCGGUGGGCUUGACCGGAAACCUGGCGAAGAUAUGCGAAUGUCCUCGUCCAUGUACGAGGUGUUCAAUUGGAAUUCUAGCCCUGAUCCUCCCUUAACCCCUGCCAAACAUAAGAGAGCCAGCCUCUCUCUGCCUCCUACAACUGACAUCUUUGCCAUCGAUGAUAAGUCUGAUAGCGACACUAGGCGUCCGAUGAUUCAGCGGGCUGCCAGUGGUGAAGAGAGCGACGGAACGCCGGGAACACCUGGCUCGGUUUAUCUACGAGUGAACAGGAGACGCACCGAUCUGAUGCCAACGAUACCGUCGCCACGCGAUGGACCACCAACUUCCGGUCGCAGUUCGAGCGCAAAGGCCUUCACGCGUUCGCCAGGUAGGACUUACUCCAUGUCCAGGCUGGACCAACUGGCGCAGCCUAGGAAACGUCCGACAGAACUUAGCACACUGACGGAACAGCAAAGCCAGCCUCUGAGCGCUUCUAGCAUGAGUCGCAGCAUGUCACAUUUAGCUGCGUCCGGGGCCAAGAGCCUCAAACGCUCAGAUAACUCUCGUAGCAUGGGUACAUUGCCGGGGGCGGUUCCAAUGCCGAGACCAACCAGGGCCGAGAGACUACGUCGCAAAGCCCGCGAGCAUCAGAACCAACAGCAGCAAGGCAUCCGCAGCGGGGAGGUGACACCGAACAGCCCAUCUCGGCCUCACAGCUCCAUGAGUCAGCAAAGCGCCAGCAGUGUGGGCAGCAGUAACGUCAAUCUGCGUCCUCGCACAGCUGCCCCGCGUCGACCGCGACCUGCUUCUAUUGCCGGUACCGGUGUUUCGAUCACAGAACGACACAAUUUGGUGAGCGACACAAAGUUGACGAAGGAUUCGAAGCCGCCACUGCCAAAGGUCCACAGCACUCCAAAGAAACCUUCUACACCAAAAGCGACAGAGGCGAGGAGACCGACGGAGAAGUUGGUGAAGAACGCAAAGGCGUCCCCGCGGAUAACGCCGAAAGCGACCCCGUUACAGAGCCCGGGCGCCGAGAAUGUUCCUCUUAUUCGCGAAUGCGCCGGCGAGAUAAUCAAGAACGAAGGCAAAGAGGAUGUCAAGUUGGAGGACAAGCAAGAAGAAAAGAAAGAUCAAGGCACCGAGAAGACGCAACAGGAAAUAAGCGAACACGGUAGGGAAGAAGUGAAGAAGCAAGUCAUUAUCGAGCAGCCAGUUUCCAAACAGGCGAAGGACGAGACUAACUUGAAUCAGGAUAGCCAAGAAACACCUAAAGUCACUAAGAAAGAAGAUACGAAGAACGAGAAGAAAGAAGCGGAAACAAAAUCAGAAAGCAACACGGAAGAACAAGUCGACAUGUCAGCUUCGAUGAUUGCGAAGAUCCGAAUUACCACGGAAGAAGAAGCUAAAGCAGCUAUAGCGGAACGCAGAAGACUGGCCAGAGAACAGGCUGAAAGGGAAGCGGAACUCGAACGCCAACGACAGGAAGAAGAGGCGCGUUUAGAGGCCGAGAGAUUGCGUGCCGAAGAAGAAGAACAGCGACGUUUGGAAGAAGAAACGCUGCGUUUGGCCAACGAGGCACGAGAAGCUGAAGAACAGAGACUGAGAUUGGCGAUCGAAGAAGCGAAACGUCGCGAAGAAGAGGAUAGGAGAAGAAGAGAGGAAGAGGCUCGUCAGAAACAAGAGAAAGAAGAGGCUGAUCGAAAGGCAAGAGAAGAAGAAGAAAGACAGCGGAUCGAAAUGGCGGAGCGGCUUAAGAGGGAAGAAGAAGAGCGAAUCGCUAGACGUAAACGCGUCGAGGCAAUAAUGAUUAGAACUCGAGGGAAGAAUCAGAGCAAUACACCUACCAAGGGAGAAGGUGGUGAUGGCGAUAAACUGAAAGAAGACAGUCCUAACGAUGAAAAUAAAACGGCACCGGGUAGCAAAGGUGAAGAUGUUAUGACGGCCAGUCUGAUAUCCGAGGCGACCCAGCAAUUUAUUAGCGGUGAACAACGGGCUCAUCAUACUGAGAACAAUACUACUACGGACAUUGUGCAUAACGGCACGCAUAGUAACGGCAUUAAUGAAAAUAAAAUUGUAUUGGAUAAUAAUCAGGGUAAUGUGGAAGAACUGAACGGUCAUCAUACGAAUCACGGAAACGGUAUCAACAGUCAAUCGAUUACACUGGACAAUGCCACCGUCAAACAAAACAACGUGACCAACAACCUGUUAGACCUAACGGAAUUCGACUCUCUCAGUAAUAGCAGUAGUGGUCCAAUACUUCAACUGACAUCAAAUAUGGAGAACGAAGACACCCUCAACUCGAACCUAAAUCCAGCAGCUAUACCUUUCACCCCAAUGGCGAACACGUACAUGCCUACUGCUGCUAAUGCCAAUGUUAAUCCGUUCCAGGAUUCUUUUAUCAACAACAAACCACAAGAUAAUAGUCAAGUACCAGAUCUUUUAUCAUAAUCCGCGUGUUAAACAAUUCUGGUGAAAGGAAGAAGAACGAUCGGAAGUUGAGAAUAUCGUUGUUGCUUUGCAACGAGCAAUAGGGGUACAUAAUAAAUGACGUCAUUGAUGAGAUAAUGUAAAUAAGCGCUAUAUCGAUGUGUAGAAAAUGAAAGGAAACGAAAAAAGUGGAGAUCUAUAAGUAGAGAAUGGGGGUACUACGUCAGACAAACAAACAGACAAAAAAAAAAAAAUAAGAAAACGAAAAAGACUACCUUUUCCUUGAACGUUGUCACGAGAAAUGUAAAAUAAUAUAUAAUGUUAAUUAAUAAUAUUACGAAACCAGCAGAUAGGCAACUCAGUCCGUUAUAGUAUGCUAUUUAGAUAAUAUAAAUCGAAUCUUUUUAGAGAACCUUUGAAGGGAAUUAGACCUAACAUAUUGAUUUGAAAGUAUAAUAAUACGCGGAUAUAUACAUAUUUUAUUGUAUCAAAUUUUAUUCAAUUAAUUUUACACGUUCUUUUGUUUCCCUGCCUGUACUGUUAAACAGUUUAUGUUCAGAAAUUUGACUAUGUAGAAUCCGACAGGAAAAAAGAAAUUGAUAUAUUCGCAGUUUUAUAUAACGUGUCGUGAACGAAUGUGUAAAACGGCUUGACGCAAAUAUAGCACAAGAUUAUGCAUUGGUUGAAAAUUUCUUACAGAACUACAUGUAUCUGCCAAAAUGACGUAGGAGGUAAGCUCCAAUGAUUGUUCUUAUAUAAGAGAUAGUAUAAUAUUACCUUAUAGAAUUCGAGUAUAGAAAAAUGAAUCUAUGUAUAAUCAUAUCUAGUAAGAUCGUUUGCAGAUAUGAUGUAAAAAACGAAAAAAGAAAAAAAAAGAAACACAUUUCUUCCAUAAUACAUUUUGGGGCGUGCGCUCACUAGUCAAGCAAUUUUACUGUUUUUCUUUUUUUGUAAUAUUCUCUUUUUCUCCUUUUGUUUCUUUCUUUUUUUUUUUUUAUAGAAAACUCACCUAAUAUUGGUACUCUAGGUAUCCACUAGAUUUCAUUACCGUUAUAUUUUCGCGGAUCUAACAUAAAUUUUCUAGCUGUGAUGAUGAAGACGUUGACGAUGACGGUGAUUUGCUUUGUGAAAUAGCCACUGCAUACGUUUACGGAAUAUAAGAGAACGAUAGCUACCCGUUACUUUAUUUUUUAAAUAAUCUUUUGCUAGCCGUGAUAGAUGAUCGUGAAAGUGUAGUCGACACGUUUCAAUCUGCUACAGUUAGCGUAAUAAUAAUGGAGGAUCUAGCGAAGUGGUCAGUCUCGGCAGAGAUAUUUUAUGAGAAAUCGAAUGGGAAAAAUUAGAUGGUCACGUUGCGUUAUCCAGUGGUGGCUAUUCAUUAUAGUGGUAUCAUAUUAGUAUACAGAUUAGGAAACGAUUAUUCUAAAGCCUGAUGUUAUUCAGCAAACAAAACAUUGUAAUUGGGUGUCUAUGACAUGAGUUAUUUGUUACUGUUGUGGCAUACUAUUGUAAAAUGGAUAAUCAUUAGCAUGCUUUGUGUUGAAAACACCUGCACGAGCGUUGAUGCGCGACACAAUUGACUCGUAUGGUCUAUCGUACGAAAGAUAAUAGAGUGAUCCGAUUAUCCCGUAAGUCUUCAAAAUAGCAGAAAUAAAAAAGGAAUCAUCCAUGUGUCUGAAUGGAUAUAUCAUUAAUCGGUAGGGAUAUUUUACACUUGUUUGUUUCUCUUUUAAUCUUCUUUUUGUUGCGUUUCGUGCUACACGGGAUAUUACGAAUUCCCCCGACUGUUAUCUGCAUAUAUACGAAAAAGAAAAGAAUUUUAAUGCUGCACGCUUGCUGUCGGUUUCCUUUUACCCGUAUACAUUCAUUUUAAAUCUAAGGUCUUCGAGCACACGUGUACGUAUAUGCCGCGAAAGUUUUCCUUUGCUCCUUUUAUAUCGAAAAACCGAUUUCGAACGACUAAUAUUUUAACGAUGAACGAACAUGUAUUUUUAUCGAACACUGUAGCACAUACUGCUGUACAGAAGCAUACGAUCCUAAGACAUCUUUAAUUGCCUAAUAAAGCUUCUUCGAGCGCGUAGUAUACGAUACCGUGUAAAAGGGAAUAUCAAAUGAAUAUUAACGCAAUUAUAACUCGACACAUCACGAGGAUUAUAUUAUUUUUAAUUAAUAAAGAAAAAGAAAAGUACGGCGUUGUUUUCCCGCGACAGAAGUAUGCAAUGACUAUA